AUGACGUCCAUUUCAGAGGGGCUUUUCAAGUCUCUCCCAAAACCGAAAUAUACCGGCGAAGAGGAGGAGAUUCCUCAACACGCGCAGCCCCGUGGUCCGCGGGUCGUGGGCGCCGACCAGAUUGAUGAGACGCAGAUUGUUCUAAGGAAAACCGGACCUCCACCGUAUCAAAACCGCACAGGAUGGCGACCACGAGCUCCCGAAGACUUUGGCGAUGGUGGCGCGUUCCCCGAGAUUCUGGUCGCACAGUACCCCCUCGACAUGGGCCGAAAGGGAACGGCAUCUACCUCGAAUGCGCUCGCCGUGCAGGUCGACGCUGAGGGUAAGGUUAAAUACGAUGCGAUUGCGCGGCGGGGUCACAGCGACGACCGGAUCGUGCAUGCCUCCUUCAAGGAUUUGAUUCCGCUCCGGCAGCGGGUUGAUAUGGGGGAGGUUUCGCUGGAUAGGCCGUCCGAGGAGGAGGUUGCGGCGCAGAUGGAAAAAACGAAGAAUGCGUUGGCGAAUCUGGUGGAUGGGGCUGUGGCGGCGCAGAAGCCCAAGAACGUCAAGGGUGGUCGACGGGCGGAGCCUACGUUUGUUCGAUACACGCCUGCCAAUCAGAUGGGAGACAAUGAUAAGAAGAAUGAUCGUAUUAUGAAGAUUGUUGAAAGGCAGCAGGAUCCGAUGGAGCCCCCGAAAUUCAAGCACAAGAAGAUCCCGCGUGGCCCGCCAUCGCCGCCUCCGCCCAUCAUGCAAUCUCCGCCUAGGAAGCUGACUGCGGAGGAUCAGGAGGCUUGGAAGAUUCCGCCACCAGUGUCGAAUUGGAAGAACCCCAAGGGUUACACGGUUCCGUUGGAUAAGCGACUGGCUGCCGAUGGCCGUGGUCUGCAGGAUGCCUCGAUCAACGACAAGUUCGCCCAGUUUGCCGAGGCUUUGUUUACGGCGGACAGACAUGCCCGUGAGGAGGUUAGACUACGUGCACAGAUGCAGCAGAAGCUGGCAGAGAAGGAGAAGGCGCAGAAAGAGGACCACCUUCGUGCUCUCGCCCAGAAGGCGCGCGAAGAACGAGCAGGAAGCAGCCGACGCGACUCUCGCGCGAGGUCUUAUUCUCGCAGUGUCAGCCGCAGCCCAUCCCCAUACUCUUCUCGGGGCGGUUCCCCUAGCGAAGACGAAGAUGCCGCCCGAGACCGUGAGCGGAUGCGCCGUGAACGACGACAGGACGCUGAAAGACAGCUCCGCCAAUCGCGUAUGGGUACAGAAAGACGUAUCCAGGCCAUGGCCCGAGAGCAGAACCGUGAUGUUUCGGAGAAGGUGGCCCUAGGACUGGCCAAGCCGACCCAGUCUUCCGAAUCCAUGUGGGAUUCUCGUCUUUUUAACCAGACGAGCGGAAUGGAUUCCGGGUUCAACGAAGACAACCCUUACGACAAGCCGUUGUUUGCUGCGCAGGACGCUAUCAACAGCAUCUAUCGCCCACGUGCUCAAGUUGAUCUUGAAGACAACGAAGAGGCUGCUGAAGGAGAAAUGAGCAAGCUCCAAAAGACCAACCGAUUCGAAGUUCUUGGAAAAGCGAAGGAAGGAUUCCGGGGCGCCGCAGAUGCCGAGGCUCGUGAUGGUCCUGUCCAGUUUGAAAAGGACACAACUGAUCCUUUUGGAAUCGAUAGCAUGAUCGCCGAUGUGACUGGAGGAGCUGGUCAGAAGCGCUACGGUAUCCAGGAAGUUCAGCAUGACGAAGAGCGUGGAUCAAAGCGCGCGAGAGUUGACGACGAUUAA